AUGGAUUUGUCGGAGACACUUAAAUGUCCAGUAUGUCUAGAAAGAUUAAAUCAUCCUAAACAACUUCCUUGCCAACAUAGUUUAUGCAACAAACCAUGUCUAGAGGAGAUAUUAAAGAGCUCAAGGAAUGGUGGACAUUUCAGUUGUCCUGUAUGCAAGACAAGACAUGCGUCUCCAGACGACGAAGCAGACGACGUCCGAAGGAGUUUAGUUCUUCAGCAACUAUUAGAUGUCACUGAGGAAAACAGAGAAACUGUUUCGUUAUCUAGACAAACGAAAGAAUAUUUAGCAAGCGACGAGAUCAAUGAAACAGAACAUGGACAUUUAAGUGUUAUCUUAUCAAGCGAAGAAGCGCCCGAUAUUGACUUAUCAUCUGUCUGCAACGUUUGUACAGAAAUAGACAGGCCAUGCACUAUAUGCUUUCACUGUGGGAAGACAGUUUGCAAACAGUGUCACGAAAAACACAUGGAUCGUGUCCGAAAUGCAAUUCUGGAAUACCAUGAUAAGAUACAAGUGGUCAAAACGAGGCUAGAAGAAAAGCAAAAUGCUUAUAUUCUCAUUGAGAACAAGGAAGUUGCAUCAGAUGGUGAUAUAAAGAGACUGUUUCAACAAUUUGAUCAAAUGAGACAUGUCUUUGCUACCUACCUUGAAUCGGUACAACCAGUUAUAGAGGAAAAUGCUGAUGAAAAUCAGGACAACAGUAUCAUGGUUCGAUCUUUCAUGCAG